AACGGCUGCACUCGGAAAGCUGCUGAGCUAAUGGCCGAAUUAGAUAUUGGAAAAUAUUGUCAAGUCGAUUCCUGCAAUCUGAAAGAUUUUCUUCCAUUUGUUUGCGAUUCCUGCAGUGGUGUUUACUGUCUUGAGCACAGAAGCAGGGAGGCUCACUCAUGUUCAGAGGAGCCGGUAAAAAGGGAAUCCCGAACUGCAGGUGGCAGUACAAGUUACCCAUGCUCAUUCGAGGACUGCAAAGGAAAAGAGCUUCUUCCUGUUAUAUGUCCCCAGUGUGAAAAACACUUCUGUUUGGCUCAUCGUCAUCAAGAUGAUCACAAAUGUGAGAAGUUGGAAGUCCAGAAGCCUCGAAUGGCAGCCACCAAAGAGCUUGUGCAGAAGAUUGUAGAGUCAAAGGAUAGAUCAAAAAGCAAAGGGCGCAGAGGGGCAAAGAAUGCAGCCACUGCAGCCAAGGUAGCCCUGAUGAAACUGAAGCUGCAUGCUGAAGGGGACAAAGGACUGCCACAGACUGAAAGAACCUACUUUCAAGUUUACCUUCCAAAAGAAGCCAAAGACUGCAGCCAGCCCAUGUUCUUCUGUUCCAAGUGGAGUGUAGGGAAAGUGGUGGAUUAUGCAGCCUCACUAGCCAAUGUCAAGAAUAACAAUAAUUUACUAACAGCAAAGAAGCUGCGGCUCUGUCACCCUCAGACAGGUGAAGCUCUACGGAUGGAUGAUACCCUGCUCUCGCUGUUGGCUCAUCCAGAAAAUCCCUUGCAUAAUGGGGGUAAUGUGAUCUUGGAGUACCUGGACAAUGAGAGCACUGGGCUGGAGGAUGUUUCAGACUAUAUUACUCAGACAUGAUCAAUCUACAACAGCUUCUAUGCUACGAUGAAUUUGUUCUGUCUGUAUUUAUUAUUUUUGCCAAUAAAAUCUUUUUUAUUAUUA